AUGGGCUCUAUCGACAUGUCGCCAGCGUUGGGAAACCAGCAGCCACCGCCACCUUAUGAUCUAUACCACAAUCCCUUCUCCAUUUGCGCUUUGCAAGUCCGUCUGUGCAUUUUGUUCGGAAAACUCGCAGGACUCGAAGCGCCUGGAAUCGAAUUUAUAGAACACGAAAUCGACAUCUACAAUUCGGGCCAACUGCAGGAAUUUUAUCUCUGUCAAGUCAAUCCCAGAGGCCAGGUCCCCGCUCUGGUCAAUAAAGCGGUUCUCCCAGAACCUAUCGCGGACAGCAUGGAGAUCACAUACUAUCUCUUUGAGUUGUACCCAAGCCUGUGUCCUCCACAACACGCCGCCACGAUCAGGAAAUUGAUCCAAGAGCUGCAUGGGAUCAGUUUCCUGGCUCUGGCGUUCUUCAAACCGCGACACCAGGCCUAUAUAAAGAACAUCACUUCAUAUAUCGAUGAAAGGCUGGCCCGCGCCGAUAUCUCGGUAGAAUACAGAAAUGCUCUGGAAUGGAAACACAACUAUGAUACGUCCCAACAGCAGCCUCAGGUCGAUGACGAGUCCUGCCGCCAAGCGAACGAGGACUCGAGGAAGUACCUUGAGAAGGUCGAGGCAGUUCGCGUUCAGCAUGCGACUGAAGGGAGCCUGUGGCUUUUCGGCGGAGAGCAUCCCACGGCUCUCGACGCGCACGUGGCGGUAUUCGUUGCUCGUUUGCAGGAGACGGAGCACGAGGACUUGAUUCCCGAGGGCGUGAAUCAAUGGGCCAAGCCAGUCAUGGCUUUGCCUGAAUGGGAAACGUUAUUGAAGGGGAAACCGACUCACUACAGCGUAAACAACCGGACAUUUUGA